AUGGUCGUAAUCAAUCCCGAGCCCGCGGCCCUGUCCGCCGAGGACCUGUCGCUCUUCUACACGACCGACGAGCUGCUCUCCAAUUCCCCCGUGCUCAUCUUCUACGGUCCGACGGCCACUUCCACACAGGCGACACAUUCGCGCAUCCAGGCCCAUGUCUUCACCCCGGCCGGCUUCCAGAACUUCGCCCGCCUGAUUAUCUCGCCCACAGCCACAUACUACAAUGCCGUCACAUGUCUGCCGCGCGAGGAGCAGGGCGACGAGAUAUGUCGCGGUCUCGCCUUCAGCCUGUACAAGUACUUCCUCGAGCUGCCCGCGGAGAUCAAGAGCGCUUGGGAGAGGCGGUAUGAUUCCUCCGCCAACCUGCCCAUGGCCCCCAGGCUGUUCUCCGAGGCGCAUGCCGCCAUUGUCGCUGCCAGGAUGAUCAAGGUCGAGAACGUCGCAGAUGUCAUAAUCGACGUGCGCCAUGCUUUGGGCGAGCAGACGCUUUCCUGGAUAGAUCUGGAUGUAGUCCUCCCCCAGGGCAGUGUCACGAAGCUGGAAUCGCGCGAGUCCGGCCAGUUCGAAGACCUCGAAGAAGACCUCAUCGAAAAGCGAUACGGACAGUACGCGCCCGUCGUCAGGCUGUUCGGAGAUGGCGCCUUCCUCCCGACCUCCAAACUCCGCCGCGCACCCUCCAAACCGACCGCCCUCAACCGAUCACAAUCCUUCUCGAGGAAACAAAAAGAGACUCUCCGACGGGAGAUGUGUGAGCUGUUGGACACGGAAGAGAACUAUGUCUACAAACUGGACGAGCUGGUACACACAGUAGCGGUCGAGUUCCGUGAGAAGGCCAAGCAGAAGUCGAGCUCGAGCUCCAGCCCUACCGAACAAGCAUUGAGAGGCUUGUUUCCUCCCAGUCUGGACAAGAUUCUAGAGGUUAAUUCGCAGUUCUUGGACGCUCUACGUAUAAUUCUGGAAGAGUCGGAGAACGGAGCCAUUGAGGACAUUGAGACAGCAACAGACGAUGUCUACAUCGCGCCCUUGCGUGGACAGAAGGACGCACCAGAUGUCACUGGAGCGGCCGCCGUCGCCAGGGCUCUUGUUGAGUGGCUUCCACAAUUCGCAGAUUGCUACACCGACUACAUGGCGGCCCACGGCGACUUCUCACAGCUGCUGAAGCAUUUCACAAAAGACACAGCCUCCAGUUUCUCCAAGCGAGUCUACGAGACGGGCGAGCAGCGACUCACAUCUAUGCUCAUCGAGCCUGUUCAGCGCCUGCCACGAUACAACCUGUACAUCGACAACAUCAUCAAGCAACUGCCCCUCAGGCAUCCGGCUAUCAAGAUCUUCCUCAAGGCAAGGGACAUGAUCUCGGAUAUCUGCACAAGAGAAGGUCCCACGGCGCAGCAGAUCAGAGUGUUCGACCGCUUGCGCAAAAUGGUGACUUCGUGGCCUUCGGGAUUCAACCCUAAAGGACGAAUGAUCUCAGCCAUUGAUUGCGUAGAGCUGUCCCCACCAUAUCACGGGGAGUUAUCUGGACCUGCUACGGUGUCCGGUAUCAUGGUACUCUUCACGGACUUCUUGGUGCUUCUUCAAAAGUCGGAGGAUGGUUCCAUCAAUGCGCGUGGCUUGCUCGCCGAGCUCGACAACCCCAAAUUCGCCGAAUCGUUUGAUGGAUCUACGGAACUCAUGUUUCAUCAAUACUUGAGUCUCAGUGAUGUCUUCUUGAGUGAACACUCAGAAGGAUCAAUACUGCAAAUGAUAUCCCCGGUACCGCUCGCCAGCCAGCCCGGACGACCGAGAAGUCGAGAACGCCAGAAGCUUGGCAUUCGCAUGUUCUACCUGCAAGGCUCCUAUGAGGGUAAAGGCCACAAGGUUACCGAGGAGCUCACCAAAGCUCGUGUGGAAGGCAGAUUUCCAGAGGCGGAGCGAGAGGGCGGCAAAUGGGACGUUCGAAAUUUGCCAGGCGAUCUCAGUUUCUUUUCGUCUAUAGCGGAAGAGGCAGCUGGCCAGCAGGUAGAAGGUCGACGCGAGCCUGCGAGGGUACAGAUCCUUGUCGAAGGGUCUAAGUUCACAAAGCCUAUUCAAGUCGGUGACAGCGGCGUCGAGCUUACUGUUACCAUCACCAUACUUGGCGACGGACUCUUUCUGCUAGAGUCCAACGGGGCCCAUGGAUACACGGCACGCGACAAAUUGACCGACCAAGAGUUCCGACCUGUUCUCACGAAGCGCCUCGCCAACUACUUCCAACUGCGAAACAGCGUUAAGAACCACACACUGGCCGAGGCGUAUCUGACGCGAAACCAGCAGAUACUCAAGUCACUCGCUCUGGAGAUGUACGAGGCAGAACCACAGACUGGUAGUAAGAGCCGUCCACACUCUCCAGUGAAGAUGCUGUCUAGUUUCUUUGGUGGCAGUGUGAGUAGUAUUGGCCGCGAAGGAGGAGGCUCUCGUAGACUCCAACGCAAUGCGCAUACCAUGGGAGAGGUACCGCGCAUGGCACCUCCGGUUCAACUUGGGCCGAAUCGUACGUACAGCCAUGACGGGGAGAUGUCGCGCCCUACCUCGUCCAGCACCACUAAGAGCGCUACCUUCAACGGCCCGAGCGAUCCCUUCUCAAAGCUCGAAGAUACCUUGGCAAAUCUGACUCUAGCACUGCACGCGCGCAAAGGGAACAUUGUCGGGCGUUCUGUCAGAGCGAGAGCAGUCGCCGAUGAACUUGUUGUCAACGAACUCUACAACACGCUUUUGGAGAACCCUGCCAAUCUUGAACUCGCUGGUCAAUCAUCUGUGGAUGUACUUUUCGCAGUGUUUGAGAAGUUUUUGAGUGUCGCUUGGAAAGAGCGAAUGGGUCCUGUGCUGUCGCAUGCCACAUUGGUCUCAUUACAGAUGCGAUCAGAUAGCAUGCCACCUGAUGAGUUCGAGGAGUUCUUCAAAUACACUUUCGACCAGUUUGCCCCUCCAAACCAACGAGCGUUCCGCGCUGUCAUCAAUCUGCUAGCCGAACUGCUCGAUGGCACCAGCAACGAUGGCGAUCGAGGUAUUCUCACAGCAGCCUUUGCUGAGAUGUUAGUGCCCGCCGGUAACGCAAACGACUUCAUCUCCCUUAUGGACCGCUUGGUGCAAGAUAUCGACGCCCUGUUUCCAGCCGAGACACCUGGGUUCAGUACUCCAAACUAUGGCUCUAUGGACUCAAAGAGUCGCUACGCUGCUGCCGGCUCGCUCAACUCCAACACAUCACUGCGGAGACGUUUUGGCUUUGGUACCUUGACACGCGAGAACAGCAAGUCAGAGAAUGAGUCCAAGGUAGGCUCACUCUGGCGCUCAUUGAGCAAGAACAGCCAUGGUACAGACCUCCAGUCGCCCAGCAUGGGGAAGGCUGGUCCCGGGCACCUUGGUCGCUCCAACUCGAUAGACGCUGCUGCUCGCCUAUCGCCAAAGCGACCGUCCUCUCGCGACCGUCCGACUGUUCUCGGCGCGUUUACGUUUGAGAACGCGAAUUCAAACUCGAACUCGAACUCGAAUUCGAACUCGAACGCGAAUGGUCGGUCGUUCGUGGGCAAUCUUGGGACAAUUGGAGAGGUACCUUCCACUACUGGGCCUCCCCGCAAGAAGCGCCGCUCUUCUUUGAGCGAUCUCAAGACGUUGCAGGAUGCUGACGAUGUACCCGAGUGGUCCCCGCAGACUCCUCGCAAGGUCGAUCCUGCAUUGCGCCACGAAACACGCCAGAUUAGCGAGUCCCCGCUGGCUCCUUCAGCCGCUACAAUGGCUUUACACAAACACACUUCGUCGAUACCGACGCCUACCCGACUAGGCUCACCGCUGCGGGUGGAAAGGACAGACAGGAAGGAGAACUCCCCUGCAGUCGGCUUGGAUCGUCCAGCACACAUUAGGGGAAAGUCGGUCACGAUGAAGCCGGACGUCGAUGAUGAAGUCACCAUCAAGUCAAACAGCCCUACGAAGAAGCGAAGCGAGACUGUUUCAGGCAUUCCCAAUCCUCUAAACCUCCCGAACAGCUCAGCCAUUCCGAAUCUACGACCAACUACCAGUGCUGGUCUGCAUGAACGAACGGGAUCCGGCAACGCUGUCAAACUGCCACCCUCGACUCCGCGAUCUCCGACCAAAGCCAGCACUCCUUUGACUGGGAGCCCUCCCAAGAAGCUGAGAAUGCAAUCACCUCAAAAGCUGCGCGAGCGACUGCAAACUCAGCAACACGAUAUCGACACAGCUUCGCAAGCUUUACAGAAUGAACUGAGUGCCAUCGGUCAAGAGCUGAAUGCUAGAAGCACGCCGCGUCUGACAACCCAGAGUUCUGCUCCAUCGUUGAUAACGAAUGGGACGGCUGCAAGGACGGCUGAAGCGCGCGUUGCUGCUCUAGAGAAGCUCAGAGCUACACUGGAAACCCUCUCUGCACGUACUUCGGGAAUCUCAAACGACGUAACAACUUCACUACAAGUGUCGGAGGCUCGAUGCAAGCACCUAGAUCAGUUGUACCGCAACGCAAACGCGGAGAACGAGGCAUUGUACGUGAAAUUCAACGAAGAGCUGGAGAGGGUGACAAGCAGCGCUCGCAAGGGAAAGGCUAGCGAAGAGGUGGAACGUCGGUUGAAGACGAGCGAAGAGGAGCUGACCCGCCUGCGAAAAGAGAACGCAAGACUGAAGAGGGAGAAUGCUGGGUUGAAGGCUCAAAUCAGAGAGUGA